ACUAUGUCGGCGAUAUCCACAACGUGGAUUUUGUUUGGGAUAUGUGUCGGUGCAGUAUAUUCUCACACGCUGGAACAAAGAAGAUACGACCCAUAUGUUGGACAGUACUAUUACCGUCGAAUUCCACAUAGUCAUCACUAUCAACGUCAACACCACCAACGCAGUCAGUGGAAACCUUGGCAAAGACAAUACAACCAUUACCAAGGCACACAGAGAAACAUUCAGCCCAGCCGGACUACACAACGACAUGGAAAUGGACAUCAACCAGGGGAUUCGAUUGGCGGUAAACCUGACAUGACACACCAGCAAAGGCAGAUAUUUGUAGUUGAGAUGUUACCUGGCGACGGUCACACAGGUCAAAUUCCCCAGCCACUACUGGAUCGAGCACCAGAGAUGGAGAGGGCAUUUGAGGAGGAGGGAGGAAUAUUUGGAUAUCUUCAGAGGAAUGGUUUACUAGACACUAUUUCGAAAUAUGUUGACUGGCAGAUCAGCAGGUUGACAAAUUACUUCAAAACAGAGGUAGUAAAGCCAAACAUGCCACCAGUGAUAUCUUGUCCGAGAAGCUUCGAGGUUAACAGUGAUCCUGGUAGGCCCACGGCCCGCGUCAAAUGGAAUGAACCCACAGCCAGUGAUAGAGAGGAUCCACCGGCACGCCUAAAUAUCAGGCAAGAACAGGGUGAACACAAUGGUGCAAAGAUGUCUGGCACAGUACAUGUCAAAUACGUUGUGACGGACAGUAAAGGUCGCACGGACUUCUGCACAUUUACCGUCAGAGUAAACAGGGUCAUGUGCCAGCCCAAACAAAUGAUCCAUGGCAAUAAUAACUGCAGUACAAACUACGUUUAUCACGGCACAGUGUGUCAUUUAUCAUGUGAAGAAGGUUACGAAGUUAUUGGAGCUUCCACCAUAACAUGCCAGCAUAAUGGACAAUAUUCCUCAACAAGUUCACGGUGUCAAGCCGUUCGGUGUCCUGCCCUUGAAGAGCCGAAAAAUGCUGAUGGAUGGAAAUGUGGUGACGGGUAUAAUUACCAAAGCCAGUGCAACCUGAUGUGCACAGAGGGUUUUAGGCUAGAAUCUGACCAGCGAGCACCUUGGCAGAUAGUAGGAACCAGGUGCCAGGCGGACAAGACAUGGACAUUAUUGCCAGUAUGCAAAGAUAUACGAGCACCACGGAUCACCAACUGUCCAUCGACAUUUCCCAGACAAUUUGCUGACAGAGGUCGUACAUCCACCGUUGUGGUGUGGGAAGAAAUAAUCGCCGAAGACAACUUUGACGACAAUGUGGCAAUCAUUCUGAAGAAGGGCAACGAAAGUGGUUCCCGUUUUGAAGUUGGAUCAUAUGAGAUUAGAUAUCAAGCUGUCGAUGAAGCCGGCCUCACGGAUGAAUGCGCGUUUAUGGUAAAUGUCGUGACGAGAAGCUGCCGGGUCCCAGUGUUUCAGCACCGCCGACUGAAAGUCAACUGUCCUGAUCAAUUUACACAUGGUUCAUCCUGCAGCGUGUCUUGCACUUACGGUAUAACUUUACUGGGUGCGUCUAGCAUCUCCUGCGAACUGAAUAACGGCACUUUGAGCUGGGUCACCCCUGGAGGAACACCUACUUGUGACGAGAAGCCAUGUAUCGACCCAGCGAAUCCUCCUAAUUCAAAGCUAGAGUGCCAGGCAUUCUCUGGUGGCAAGAUGUGCAAUAUGAAGUGCAAUCCGGGUUAUAUACGUGCCAGGAAUACCAAGACUUCAUCGCUUGUUUGCACUCCUUCUGAAGGCAAAUGGCCAGAUGAAAGUAUCCAUGGAUGUGUCCGGAAAAGAGAGGCCUCCAUUCUUGAGACAUCUCUCGGUUAUUAUUGGUCAUCCAGGUGCACAGACGAGGACGUACAAAAUGUUACCGAUACAUUUGAAGAGCUAAUGAGUUUAGAAAGGUUCUAUUCAUAUUGCUCUAUGUGUACAGUUCAUAACAUAAGGGCUGCAUGCAAUGCAAAUCGUCGUGGUACCAAGUUCAUGGUAGUGAAAAUGGAAGUGCAGAAGGGAAUCCUUGAUACAGAUGACAGUGAGACAACAGAGAUGGCGAUGAAGACGGUUGGACGGAGCCUUUACAGCUGGCUUAGACACAAGCUGAAGACUGUCAACAUUAUUGGCAGGAAGAGCAGAGUUGUGUUCAAGAGGUACCCCAUUAUAGCCAGCUGUGACCCUCAAUACGCGCCGGACAAAACGUCCAGAGCCUGUGCUGCAUGUGGGGUAGGCUUUGAAUAUGACGGACAGACCGGGUGUCGCAAGUGUGGCCCGGGAACAUACCAAGAUGACACCGGUAAUCUAAAAUGUAGGCGGUGUCCUGCUGGUACUUUCACAAUAACCCUUGGAAGAAGCAGGGAAGACUGUAGAGCUCCGUGUCCUAAAGGAGCCUUUUCCGAUACCGGAUUGGAGCCAUGCAGUAAAUGUCCCAUUGGCCAGUACCAAACACGCCAGAGAAGCACCACAUGCCAGUCUUGUGCGGAAAAGGAAGUCACUCCUUCUGUUGGUAGUGAACAGCAAUCAGACUGUUACAAUCAGUCGUCGCAUGUUUUUAGACUGAAAAUAACAGACACCGGAUCAACAUUCGUCACACUGAAGUGGAGUCGGCCAUCCCAUCCCCGUGACACUCUCAUUGGAUACGGCAGUGCAUUCCAUAAAGCAUCGGAGAGGAAAGACACACGGGCGUAUCUGAACGACACCAGCAGUGACAUCCAUACCAUAACAAUUAGAGGCCUGGAACCCCUAACUGAGUACACGAUGUACGUGUGGGCUGUCACUGUGAAAGGGCCGGGUGUGGAGAGGCACUUGAAUGUUACUACCACAAAUGUCACAGUCACUACAACACAGAUCCCAACCACGACAACAGCUGACCCCACACUGUGUCCGCCUGGAACAAACUCCCGAAAUGGAAGGAAAGGCCCCGAUGGCACGUGUUCCCCGUGUGGGUAUGGCUUCUUCCAGGAAAACAGAGGUCGGAAGAAAUGUAGACUUUGCAAACGAGGUUUCACAACGUGGUACAAGGGGUCGACAUCAAGGUUGGACUGUGUUGAUAAAACGUGGACAACACCGAUGCCACCAACUACUACAGCCCCACGAGAACCAUGUGACGACGGCUACGUUUCAGACACGGGUUUCAAGCCCGAUUGCACUAUGUGCCCGGAAGACAAGAAGAACAAUCCUGCCCGAAAUGAGUGUGUUUGGUGCGACGAUCAUGAUCCAUCGUGUACCGUCGAUACAACCACUGAACUAUCCUCAACUGCUGCAACUACCGACGGCGUAACCGCCAACGUCUCUGAUGACAGCAACAGAACAGACAGGCGCAGUAGUACCACUGACUUCACACUUCCGGAAAGACCAACUGCAUAAACUCCCUACCUCCCAACCAACCAACCAACCAACCAACAUGGAACUUGCUCUCAGAAGGCUUAACAUGGCUGUCUUCACUUCCUGUUUACUUCAUCAAUCAACGUUUCCAUGGAAACGUCAUCAAGCCCAAGUCGGGGCUAUCCCAAAUAUGUGAAGGCUAAGUGCCUCUAUUAUGCUAUAAACACGAGUAAUAUUGAUGAUUAAAUGACGUAUCGAUGAUGUAGUCUAUUAGAUAUUGAAAUUACCCGCAAUAUUUGUUGUCUAUUUCUUAUAAAGUUUCAUCCUUACUGGCAUAAGAACAACGAACGAAGUGUUCACGUGUACGAUAACUUUAUCAAUACCACCUUUCUUUUGGGUGUGGGAAGCUGCUGUUGUUGAAGUUAUCUCUGUGUGGUCAGCACCCUAGUUAACCACUGUGUCAAAUACAUUUCACUGCGUAGAAAUUAUUGCGUGAACGUUAUCACUGUACCUGUAACAGUAUGAUGCAUGCAGGACGUUGAUACCAUACAAUUAUCACUGUAACAAGAAAUGGUCACAAAUGCAAGAGGAACCACGGGUUUGUGCAUGCGGCAACUUUCAUUCAUACCAUCUUUUCUGAACAUCGAAAGAUGCUAUUGUGAAAGUUGUCAGUAUGUAUUUCUGCCACAGUUCAUGCUAAAGUUUACUUUAUAACUGGGUAAAUGUGUGUUAUCAUGGCAAGUUCGUCACCAGUUUGCCGAGUUUUCGCAGCUACAUCAUAUCACAAUUAUGUGUAUGAUACAAGCUACCUUAUACAUCAUCAAUUCAAAAUAAGGAAACAUCAUAUUUAGAAACAGCCAUGUUAAAUGAUGAUUUAGGAAUGUGAAAAGAAAUGCUUUAAAGCUGUCCUGUCCUGCUGUCCAAUGUCCGUAUUCCUUUGUCCGUUCACUUAACGUACACUUAUUGUCCAUUGUCAGCGCACCAUGUACCGCGGGUACUGUCUGUAAUGUAAUGUGGUGGUGUUACUGUAGUGUUCAUGUGAUUCAGUUUGUGUUGUUUCAUUUAUGAGUUGUCUGUUUACAUGUGCAAAAUGAUACUCUUUACACUACUUGCAAAUACAAGGUUGUUAUUUUUUUUAAUUAGUGUAGUCUACAGAUAGGCCAUGACAUACGUUCAGCCCUUGUAUUUGUGACUUGUGUUUGGGUCUCAUGUUUGUUAUAGGUGCGGUAUCGUCACGUUUCGCAUUCGUUGAUGAAUAUUCCCCAUCCUUUUCAUGAAUGGGAUACGGAAUGUUGACAAAUAAACGCAUAUGGCCAUA